GUACCAUAAGAUGCUGCUGUAUGUGUGGUGUGUUUUUUUUACUGUUUAUCAAUUUCAACCCACCUGAAAAAGUUGCACACAUAAUUGAGGUUGUCUACUUAAAGACACAGAUCAGGGGUUCAGUUUCCUCACUGAUCCCAUCCUCAAUAUUGUGCCACUAUCUAUACAUUUUCUUUCAAAGUGAGUGUACUGUGUGUGAUGGAUCCACCAGCAUUAGUCAAAACUUUUAAGUAUAACAAUCCAUCAUCACAGCAAACCAUGUUUAGUAGUGUGCAAGAACCUCAUUGCAGAUCCUCCUACCCACAACAGAGUAAUAACAAUUCAGGUUUUGAAGAUUUAUCAUUCUCAUCCUAUGUGAAAGCCAAAGACCCCUCACAGAAACCACAGGGAAACGACACGAAUUGCACAAAUGAUGAUGCGGAAAUAAGCAUUUUCGAUGCGCAAAAGUAUUUCAGCGAAAAUAGCGAUCCGAAAGAUGGCAAGAGACAGGAUCAGAUGAUACCUCAUGAUCAUACGCUGUCGCUCCCAAGAUUGUCGUCAGUUUCAUCGGUUGAUGGAUAUGGACGGAAUUUCCGAACAAGAUCUUUCCAUGCGACGCCGACAGCUUCCUCCGAGGCGAGCUGGAACUCCCAAACAGGCCUCCUGGCGAAUCCUCCAGGUUCGAUUGGAGUUUCCGUUAGGAAUCUCAAUCUCCCCUCUGGAGACAUCAAGAGGAGAGGCUCUCCUGCAAGAAAAUGGAAUUUCGGGCGCAAGUGUUGCUGCACUGGCAAGAAAUCUGUUCAGAUCAAGGAAAUAGCUUCGGACUCCGACCAUGGCGGACCUGUCCUGAUCAACAAUGAGAACUGCAACAAAAGUGUUAAAUCCAGCUAUUUUUACACAAAAAGUGACACCAGCAGAACGAUAAUGACUCCAACGAAUUUGUCGAGAAGAAGUACUUCAAUUACCAACUGCGUCCUGGAAAUCCACCAACACAAAGCUAUGGCUAUGCCGCCAAAUCCUGUUAGGCUCUCGCCUGAGAACAGUUUUCAAACCCCUGAUUCGCCCCAACGCCAGCAACGUGUAUCUGCUUCUGGAGGAUUUUCGUUUCCGAUCCUGAACCCUAAUUCCCAAACCACCAAGCGGGUGAUCAUGGCGAAACCUGUAAUUAAUCCCCUGGAAGAUCCGCCUCGUGACUCUCUGGAAGUUUUCCAGCCGAUGCACGACCACCCGUCGAGGCCUCCAUCGCUCGACAAUCCAAUGGCGCGAGAUGAGGAUAUUUGCAGCGACGCGAGCUCAGACCUUUUCGAAAUCGAGAGCUUCUCGACGCAAACGACGUCGUAUCCUCCACUGUACCGCCGGCGCGAUUCCUUAGACGAAGCCUCAACUUUCAAUCCUAGAAGAUUCGCCACCGCCAAUGGCCUCAACCUAAACUCCAUAACCAACUCUAGAAGAAGCCUCGACGAGCCGCCGACGCCGAGCGUGGCGGCGACGGAGUGUUACGCCCCGAGCGAGGUCAGCAUCGACUGGAGCGUCACCACCGCCGAGGGAUUCGACAAAGCCAGUGUCUCGAAUUUCUCCCUCUCCGCCUCCGAAUUCGGGACGGCGGCGCUGUUCCGGCGCCGGAAUCACGACGACUCGCAGGGAGUCGACGGAGGGAAGAAGAAAUCCAACGGCGGUGGAGGUGGAGGUCUUCUGCUGAUGAGCUGUCGGCACGAGAAGGCGGUGAGCGUGGGGCCGCAGCCGGUGAAAUUCACGCCGUCGGAAGGCCCACUGCAAGUGGGGAGUAGGCCACCGCGCGCCACCAAGCCGCCGAUGGGGAGCUCUCACGCGGCGCGCCUGUCCCUCGCUUUUGCGGCAUGAAGAAUUUGGGAUGUUCCUGAAUCUGCAGCACCUGUCAAGCUCAAAGCAUUUCUUGGAAUUUCAGUGACAAAGCUUCUUCUGUGUGAUAAAGACUCUUCCAUUAAAGAUUUCUAAAAGAA